GAGAUUUUUUUUCAGUGCGAAAAGAAAAUAUUUUUGUGGAGUUUUUUUUUCAAAAGUGAAAUUAAAAAAUGAUUUAAAACAAGUAGGAAUUUUCUCUGGCGAUGGAUACCCUGAAAGCCCUAUCUGUGCAGUCCCUGGAAUCGGAUCGUGGAUCCAAUGAUAGCUUACUUCUUGCAGAAUCCAUUGAUUUUGACAUCGAAGAGCUCGAUGAUGCUGAGUAUUCACUGCCUGCAGUGGAGACAAUCCCAACUCUGGAGAGUGUUCUCAAUGACUUGGACUUUGAUGAUGGAUCUACUUCUGACCUAGGAAUACCCGUCACUCCAUCUCCUUCAAUCUCAGUGUCUAUUGAGGAGCAACCACGCAUUGGAUCCUUGCUGCGUCAUGUUGUGCUACAAGGAGUUACGACACAAGUCACCUCAGCUGCUGAUCGAGUGGGUGCUGGAUUGACAUCUUCAGUAGCUGUUGAGGAUAUGAUUGCAGUGGGUACUUCCCAUGGGCACAUAUUGGCUUUUGACAUGAAUCAAACACUCCGGUGGUGUUGUCGUGAUCACACAGCUCAGGGUGCGGUGUCUGCAUUAGCUUUCAAUGCCACAAGUACGCGUCUCCUUGCCGGCUACGCAAGAGGGCACGUUGUGAUGAUUGAUACAUCCACUGGGGAUACCAUUCGCUCCCUUCCGGACAUAAUAACACCCAAUACCGGAGUGUUGAACAUCAAAUGGAUCGGCAAUGGGGCACUCUGCUUGGAUUCCGGUGGUUCUGUGUGGUCACUGAAUUUCACACGACGCCUGGGGAUACGUGGAUGUGAUUCUCGAUGCCUCUUCAGUGGAGCACGCGGAGAAGUUUGCUGCCUGGAGCCAUUGAUUGUCAAUGAAGUGGAUCAUCCCCUGAAAGCCUUCACAAUCGUCGCACUGGCUACAUUAUCAAAAUUUUUCGUUGUUACAAUUCGUCCACGAUUGAAGAUUAUCAAAUUCCAGGCAUUGGCAGGACCAGCGGAUUGCCUGCCAUUGCUUUCGUGGCAAAUGGUGCUAAUUCAGGCAGCAGAUGCCUCAAGAGUUGUUGAUCCCGUGCUAGCAGCUGCCCGGGGGAAUCAAUUGUUCUUUCAUCAAGUAACCGCAUCUUCCGGACGGGUAUCCCUCAUCUUUCUCCGGCACAUUACGCUCUCCUACAGCCUUCUAUCGCUGCACUGGCUGGGCCCCAAAUCCAUUGCAGCCGUUGAUCGUUCCGAAGUGCUCCAUUUGAUGGAUGUGCGCACGAGUAGGGAGCUAGAUGGGUUGGAUUUGGUAUCAGCUGGACUGGUGUACAAUUCAGCUCAAUUCAAGGCUCUCGCAACGGGUGGGAAUGUUUCUCCAGCACUCGCUCUUGCUGGUGCAACGGCUUGUUACAAUUCUAUUGUCAGCCGAGGGAAUAUUUUGUACAUUUUGGGAGCACGUAGCCUCCAAGCUGUGAGCAUUAGAGCAUGGGUGGAUAGAGUAUCGCAUCUGGUGGCUAAUCAAAAGUGGGAGGAGGCCAUUGAUUUAGCCAUUGACGGAUACAGAUCAUUCAAAGAACGUCCACGAAGGCUUGCAGUGGCAAAAGCCCGAAUUUUGCAGCUUAUUGAGGAAUAUAUUGCUGAUACUAGUCGUAAUCCAGAACACUGCUUGGAUGCCGUUAUGAAGUGCCUGAUUGAGGUGGGUGAGGUUGAGCUACUUUGGGAGGAAUUGUGGGAUCGUCUAGAGAAUACAGAUUACUUCCUGAACCUCCUUACGCUGCACAUUGAGAGGGGAGAGAUUACAAGAUUAUCUCCAUGCGUGGCACAGAGUCUGUGUGACUUUUGGCUGAAAUUAUCCCCGCAGAAAUUGGAAGAGCUGAUUCUUCUUCUAGACUGGCAAUGCUUGGAUCUCCAUCAAGUAUUAACAAUUUCCAAAAAGGAAAACCUCUAUAGGGCACAGAUGCACCUCAAUACGAAGGCUCUUGGAGACUACACCGUCUCACUGACUGAACUCAUUCCACUUGUGAAUGAGUCUAAUACAAUUCUUGGCAAUAGUUUGCUCGUUUACAUAUCCAACUGUCUCGCGGGGAGAUGCUAUUUGAGUGGAGACAUUGAUCCCUCCAUGGUGCUCACUGUGAAGCACGAAGUUCUACGUUGCUUGACCACAAUUCACUCAAAUGGGGCUGAUGAUAGUGAGCUGCCGUACCCAUAUUUGCGGGCUCUCUUGAAAUUUGACAUUCGCGAGACACUCAAUGUGAUUUCAUUGGCAUUUGAGGAGAAGGAAUUUUCCGGAGAACUCGGUGCUUCCCAUCGUCAGAGGAUUGUCAACAUUCUCCUGGAGAUUGUUUCCCCAGAACAUGCCACGGCAACGGAUGUUGGAUGCCUCUUUCACUUUAUUGCACUGCAAAUAGCUUCGCAUAGUCUUCCAAAGGAUGAUGCCUUCCUCGGGAGUGUGAUUAGCUACCUAGAAAUGACUCAUAGUGAGAGUACACGACAACAUUUUGAACGAGAGCAGGCGUGGCUGGAACUCCUUGCAGCCGAUUGCCUCAAUCACAUUCCACUUCACGAUAUGAUUCGAAUGGCGGAGAAGAGUCGUUGCUUCCGUGUUAUGCAGUACCUCCUUGAGCAGACAAAGAGAUUUGAUGAUAUCCUGCAGUGCUACCUCCAGGACGCAAUGCGUCAUGAGGAGAUGUUCAUUUACAUUCAGCAAUAUGCCAGUGUGCCGAAUAGGAAGAUUUAUCAGCAAAUUUAUGGGAAUUUUGAGAAGUUUCUCAAUAUAAAUCCCGAGAAAGUUGUGCGAAUUAUUGUGGAGAAUUUCAGUGCAAAUGUUGGGGCAAUCAUAAAGCUGGUGAAAGGGAAUAAGAGACAACUCUACACUGUCUUGGAUAAUCUGAUAAAGAACGGUUGGACACUGGAGGCGGAGGAUUGUGAAACAUUCAUUGCCCUUCUGUGUGAAUUUAAUCCAAACAGUGUGGAGCAGUUCCUCCGUAGCAAUGACAAGUAUCGCCUGGAUGUUGUACUGGAACUCGUCAAGAGCUACCAACUCAAUGAAGCCUGCAUGCUAAUUCAUGAGCAACAAGGAAACUACCAGGCUGCCUUCAGUAUUGCCCUGGAACUCCUCAAGGAAGCUCCAGAGAGUGUUGCAGAAUCAUCAGCUCUACAAGUUCUGGCUCUCUGUUCGCGUGCCUCAGAAGUUCUUCCGGAGACUGAAACACAAACCCUGUGGUUUUCACUCCUAAACAUUAUCCUUGCACGACCAGAUCUUACAUCCAUCACUCGGAAUAUUCUCCAUGCAGCUGGGAAGUAUGUUGAUUUAUCCAAAUUGGUGCAACUUGUGCUAACAUCGGGUACAACAACGGGCAAUUUUGGUGAUAUAAAACAUCUAUUGCUGGGAAUGCUGUCAAAUUCCCAAUAUGAGACACUUCUUCUGCAAACAACCGCCCGAAUUCUCGGGACAGACCUCUACAAUUUACUAGCCAAAGAGAAGAAAUUAGCCAAUCGAGGUUUAAUCGUAAAGAACAUAAAAUGUGUCGUUUGUCGAUUUUGGUUGAAAAAUCAAAAUCAAGAUUCGGUCGUUGUGUUCGGAUCUUGUGGGCAUGUUGUCCACGAGGAGUGUCUCAUGGCAUCCAAGACUGAUCAGGAUGAUGGCGUCCAGUGUCCACGAUGUGGUACAUCAAUCAAUGGUAACAUGAUGUACACGUCGCAACCGCAAUUGACCAUUGAUCAGAAGAACAUCCUGGAGGAGCAGCACACAACAACAGCAUCCUCAGCAGUUCUGCAAUUGGGUGCUCCACCCCGGAUAGGAUUGCAAAAGUAUAAUAAUUUCUAAGCUGUAGUGCAGUGUUAUAAAGUCUAUAAAGUAAAUAAAUCAGAAUGUAUCAAAGAAAAAAUAAAAUAAAGUUGUAUAAAAUUAAUUUA